AAACUUCAGACUUCAACUCAUGGUAAAGUCUUUAAGCUAAACUAGUAAAGAACACACUUGGAUGUGCACCAUUAAUUUUGUACAUCACAACACAAACUAGAGCCAGAGCUCCCAGCCAACAUGAGAUUAUUUCUGCACACCAUCAUCUGCUGCUGUGUUUUCACCACAGUCCUGCCAUUGGUAAAAGGGGCCAGAGGAGAGACCAACACCAGCCUGAGAAAAAGGUCUAGAGUAUGGCUGCAGAGCCAUAUGAAGAGAGACUUGCGCAGUCGCUUGGUGACAGGCGAUGACCAAUACUUUAGUGGACCGCAGCAGGACAGGCUUGCCAAAACUCUCCCAACCCCAUCAAGCUUUGGCCUAAAUAUAAGGUCCAGGAGGUCAACGUCAAGUCAAUCUGGUUGCUUCCUAAUCACAUGUAUAUACCACGACUUGUUCCACCGAUUGGUCCAGAUAAAGAAGAACGAAAAAACAGACACCACUGCUCCUACAUCAAAGAUAGGACGGAAUGGCUAUGGACGUCGCCGCCGCUCACUCCUGGAUGCCACUCAGCUCGUCCUCGAGACAGGAACGCAUAGAUGGAGCACGGAAACUGGUCAGCGAGUCAGCAACACCAAAAGCACACACACGGUGGCCUAAGGCAGGCAUGAGAAAGCAAAGGAGAGUCCCUGUUGAGGUUAUGUGAGCACUGCAGAUGAAGAUAAGUCCACGCAGAACUUUUAUUCCACAGAUUCAGAGCUAGAUAUAGCGAAAGACUGGCUGCUACAUCUGCACAGCCCAUCAGAGGAAGCUCAAACCACUCUGGAUGAACGGAAGAUUGAAAUAAAUCAAACUGAGACGUUUGUGUGCACAUGCUUCGGUUCAGGUUUCAGUGUCUCUGAACAAGUGUUUGAUUUAUUGAUGAAUUCAAGCCAGACCUAUGGGACUUGACAAGAAUGUCUGUCUCUUCUUCAGCAUCCAAAGCGAGCUUGGCAGCUGAGACAGAAGACAAUUCCUGAGGAUCUUCUCCGAAACACAAAGCUUGGAGGAACACAUUCUGCAACAAGGGAGCCUUUUUAUUUUACUUUUUCUUCAAGGAAUCAGCAUUACUGGGCCCCAAACUAUCAAAUGCAGAAUCCUCACAAAACUGAACUGAAUGUACUGAAUUGCUUGUUAGCUACAAUUUUUUAUAUAUAGAUAAACAUAUAAAAUAUGUACCUUAUAUGUUAAACUAUGAAAGACUACCUUAUAAUGUAUGUAACUAUAAUUUCCAGCAACAAAACUGCAUAUUAAACAUCUUUAUUUUAACUUCAGUGAAGUAUCUGAUGUAUCUGAAAUGUGUCAAUUUUUUGUUUUGCUUUUUAUAUUUCUAUGUAUGUAUCUAAACAAUGAGUUGUACCAUUUGCCUUCACUUGAUUACACCUUUUUGGAACUUGCUCAUAUUUAACAUGUCUUAUGGAUAUUUAUCUGCACCUGAAGCAAAGCAGGCCUUUUAGUUUGGGGCUGAGCUUUCACUUAAAGGGAAGGAGAAGGAUUGAUGAGCUGAUGAAAGUGCUGUGCUGCCAUCUAGCUUCACAGCGGGCUUAUGUGUAACAAAUGCAGACCAAGCCAUUUCAAAGCAUCUACUUUGGUGUGUUAAAUGUUAGGUUUGACAUUUAUCGCCUCCUAUAUUUGAAUGUUAUAAAUCAUAAUCAUUUGCUCACAAUUCAGCUGAAAUUACUUGAAAAGGUAUUACUGAACCAGAUUGAUGUCUUGCUUCGAAUACCAGGAACUGUAAUAAUUUUCAGUAAUAAAUGAACAAAUAAAACAA